UUGUGAGAGCUCGAAACCACAGAGGAAACCACCACGCGGUGGUCAACAGAAGCAAAAUCAAGCAGACAGCUAGAAGAAAUAAUAAUUAAAAACGGUAGCAGCCGACUGCCACCGAUGACUGUCUGCUUCGUGGGAUCUUCGACGUUAGUUAUUAUUAACAAGUAUUAAUCAGUCUUGUUAACUCGAGACCUGAUGCAUUUUCUUUUCAAAGACAACUACAUUCUGAUUACGAUUUUGUUGAAUCAUGGCCCUUUUAGGGGCUCAGCUAGUUAUCACACUUGUAAUGGUCAGUGUGAUACAAAAACUUGGACCUCAUUACUCAUUUGCUAGAUGGAUUUUAUGCUCCACCGGACUGAUUCGCUACCUCUACCCAACGGACCAAGAACUCAGAGCCCUUGCCGGUGUCCCAAAAGACAAACCAAAAAAAGGAAAACAUGCUGAGAAUGGGAAAAAUGGUGAAGUGUUUCAUGUUCCCAGAAAUUUGGAAAUCACUCUUGAGAGUGCUCAAGUUUCAUCUUUAGAUGUUAUACACUUAAAAUUCUACACUGAAUUUCAGUGGCUGGUUGAUUUUUCGUUAUAUGCCAGUAUGGUAUACAUUCUGACUGAGGUCUACAACUAUUACUAUCCAAUGAAAGAGGAGUUCAAUCUCAGUAUGCUGUGGUGCACUCUGGUCCUGGGCUUUGCACUUAAAACGCUGCUUUCCCUGUGGGUACAGUACUUCAAAGGAGAAGAGAGUGUUGGAGAAAGAUCUACGUGUAUAGUUACAGGAUUUUCUUACCUUUUGGUAGCAAUGAUGGUUUUGAUAAUCGAUGAAAACACUCUCGAAAUUGGACUGGACAAAGCUUAUGUCAGCUUCAAUGAGAGUGCCUCAGCAUUUUUAGAUAAUCAGGGUCUAUCAUCCUCAGGUCCAGCUUCCAAAAUUGUGUUAAAAUUCUUCUUGGCCUUGUGGUGUGGCUUACUGGGAUCUCUCUUCACUUUCCCAGGCCUAAGAAUGUCCCGGAUGCAUUGGGAUUCGCUAAAGUAUUGUAGAGAAAGAAAACUACUGCAACUGCUGCUAAAUAUCAGUUUUGCUUCUCCUUUUCUGCUGGUUAUCUUAUGGAUCAAACCCGUUAGCAGAGAUUAUCUCACUAUUCGAAUAUUUAGCGGAAUGAAUGGUCCACUAAUGACAGCUCAAGCGUUUGAAAGUAUGCGACUAGUUGCGGUAGUUAUAGCGAUAUUACUGCGACUGGCCCUCAUGCCAUUGUAUCUACAAUCGUAUCUGAAUCUUGCCAGUCAGAGGAUAGAGGAUCAAAAAAAAGAAGCUGGCCGAAUAACGAACACCGAUCUCCAAAAAAAGAUCGCUGCGGUAUUUUACUACCUUUGCGUAGUAUCCUUACAGUACGUUGCACCAAUCAUCAUCUGCCUUUUCUUUACUCUUAUGUACAAAACACUUGGUGGAUAUACGUGGAAAGGUCUUUUCAGAGAUGUGCCGAUCGAAGAAUGUCCCGCGGAUCAGCCGCCGCGAGCUGUACCCCAAAUCUUUGGCGAAAACGAUGAUAAAUCCGUCAUCCAAACCGCGCAAGAGUUCCAUCUGGCUUUGGAUUCGUUGAAACAAAUAUUUACGACUGACGUAUUUAGAGGAUUACUUGGAUUUGCAACGUGGUGGAGUUGUUUUACCUGGUUUGCGACCACUUCGAUGGGCAUGGUCUACCAGUCGUACUUUGCAACUACUUGAAAUUACCGUGUUCAGUAAUUCCGUAAGCUCGAUCUGAAUGCUGAUAUAAAUAUGUCAUAAAUCAGGAUUAGAAAUCAUUAUACGUAAUUAUAGAACUACUCAUAUCUUUAUUUAUUAUUAAUCUUACCAUCAUUCAUCGUUUCGCUGGUAAAAAGAACAUUGUACAUACAAAUAUCGAGUAAAAUUCACUACACUUUACUGCCAAAUUCAUCCGAACACAACGACUAGUGUCAUAGUUAUAUAGGUAUAUCUGACCUCUGUUACGUUAAUAAAUGUGAACGAGAGAAAUCAAGCUGAGAA